AGAAAAAGUUGGGUUCCCUUCCUCCCCCUUGCGGAGCGUCCUGUCACUGGUGGAAAAUGGCUGCUCGGAGUCCUGUCCCAAAGCUCAGAGAAAACUGAAAAAAGUCCACAGAAAAACCAACAGGUCACAUUUGGACUCUUUCUACCCGGAUAUACGAAAACUCGGGGAAAGCCUCGACACGGAUAAUGUCUCGCUGGGUGCCGACAAAGAAGGAAAAGUAUGGUGUUGCAAUCUAUAACUAUGAUGCCCGGGGGGAGGAGGAACUGUCGCUGCAGAUUGGAGACACAGUCCACAUACUUGAGACAUAUGAAGACUGGUACAGAGGGCAUAGGCUGAGGAGGAAAUCCAAAAAGGGCGUAUUUCCUGCUUGUUAUAUUCACCUGAAAGAGGCCACAGUCGAGGGCAAUGGGCAAAAGGAGACGGUCAUUCCCACUGAGCUGCCCUUGGUUCAGGAGGUUACAACAACACUGCGGGAGUGGGCUACAAUAUGGAGAGACUUAUAUGUGGGGGACAAACGUGAGAUGUUCAACUCUGUCCGUGACAUGAUCUACGACCUGAUCGAGUGGCGCUCUCAGAUCCUAUCCGGCACCCUCCCACAGGACGAGCUUUCUGAGCUCAAACAGAAAGUCACCUCCAAGAUCGACUACGGCAACAAGUACCUGGAUCUGGAUCUGGUGGUCAGAGACAAAGAUGGAAACAUCCUGGACCCAGAGAUCACCAGCACAGUCAGUCUGUUCAGAGCACACGAGGCAGCCUCCAAACAAAUCGAAGACCGGAUUCAAGAAGAAAAGUCUCAGAAGCAGAAUAUUGAUCUGACCAGGCAAGCAAAGUUCGCCUCAACACCAGCGUUCGCCCUCUUUGUGACUCUGAAGAAUGUGGUGUGUAAGAUCGGUGAGGACGCAGAGGUUCUCAUGUCUCUGUACGACCCCGUCGAGUCCAAAUUUAUCAGUGAAAACUACCUGGUGAAAUGGUCCAGCUCAGGUCUGGUGAAGGACAUAGACCAGCUUCAUAACCUCAGAGCGGUCUUCACGGACUUGGGGAGUGAAGAUCUGAAAAGAGAAAAGAUCAGCUUCGUGUGUCAGAUUGUCAGAGUCGGGCGCAUGGAGCUGAGAGACAACAACACCAAGAAGCUGACAUCAGGCCUGAGACGACCCUUUGGAGUCGCAGUAAUGGAUGUCACUGACAUCAUAACGGGCAAAAUGGACGACGAGGACAAACAGCACUUUAUCCCAUUUCAGCCGGUGGCGGGGGAGAACGACUUCCUCCAGACUGUCAUCAACAAAGUUAUCACCGCCAAAGAAGUCAAUCACAAAGGCCAAGGCCUGUGGGUGACUCUAAAGCUGCUCCCUGGAGACAUCCAUCAAAUAAGGAAGGACUUCCCUCACCUUGUCGACCGAUCGACGGCUGUGGCUCGGAAGAUGGGCUUUCCUGAGAUCAUUAUGCCCGGUGAUGUGCGAAAUGACAUCUACGUGACCCUGGUCCAGGGGGAUUUUGACAAGGGCAGCAAGACCACGCCCAAAAACGUGGAGGUGACCAUGUCUGUUUACGACGAGGACGGCAAGAAACUGGAGAGUGUGAUCUUCCCUGGAGCUGGAGAUGACGGCAUCAAUGAGUACAAGUCUGUCAUCUACUACCAAGUCAAGCAGCCGCGUUGGUUUGAAACAAUAAAGGUCGCUAUCCCGAUUGAAGACGUGAACCGGAGCCACUUGCGGUUCACCUUCCGUCACCGCUCAUCUCAGGACUCCAAAGACAAAUCAGAGAAGAUAUUCGCCCUGUCUUUCGUGAAGCUGAUGAGGUACGACGGGACGACCCUCAGGGACGGCGAGCAUGAUCUCAUUGUGUACAAGGCGGAGGCAAAGAAGCUGGAGGACUCGUCUCUGUACCUGAACCUUCCUGCUACCAAGCUGGAGCUUGAGGAGAAGGGAUACUCUUCCACAGGGAAGAGCACCCAGAACCUGGGCAACUGCACCAUCAGCAAGGACUCCUUCCAGAUCGCCACACUAGUCUGCUCCACCAAGCUUACACAGAACGUUGACCUCCUGGGCCUGCUGAAGUGGCGCUCCAACACCAGCCUGCUGCAGCAGAACCUCUGUCAACUGAUGAAGGUGGAGGGUGGUGAAGUGGUCAAGUUCCUUCAAGACACUCUGGAUGCUCUCUUCAACAUCAUGAUGGAGAACUCUGACAGUAACACCUUUGACACGUUGGUGUUCGACGCCUUGGUGUUCAUAAUUGGGCUCAUAGCGGACAGGAAGUUCCAGCACUUUAACCCUGUCCUGGAGACCUACAUUCGAAAGCAUUUCAGCGCCACGCUGGCGUACACGAAGCUGACCACAGUGCUGAAGAACUACGUGGAGCAUGCCGAGAAGCUGACAGAGCAGCUACUGAAGGCCAUGAAGGCGCUGGAGUACAUCUUCAAGUUCAUCGUCCGCUCCAGAGUCCUUUUCAAUCAGCUGUACGAGAACAAAGGAGAGGCCGACUUCGUGGAGUCCUUGAGGAACCUUUUCACUUCCUUUAACGACAUGAUGAACAGUAACUCGGAGAACACUGGCAUGGUGAAGGGUGCUGCACUGAAGUACAUCCCCACCAUCGUCAACGAUGUCAAGCUGGUCUUUGAUCCAAAGGAACUCAGCAAGCUGUUCUCCGAGUUCAUCCUAAAGGUUCCUCUGGGUCGCCUGGUGAAACAGAAGCUAGAUUGUCUUAUUGAUAUCGUCCACAGCGAUCUCUUUACUCAUCACGACUGCCGUGAGAUCCUCCUGCCGCUGAUGACGGAGCAGCUGAAGUUCCACCUGGAGAAGAGAGAGGAGCUGAAGGCCUGCUGCCAGCUGCUCAGCGACAUCCUCGAGGUGCUCUACAGGAAGGACGUGGGUCCCACCCAGUGGCACAUCCAGAUCAUCAUGGAGAAGCUGCUGAGGACAGUUAACAGGACGGUCAUCUCCAUGGGCAGAGAUUCCCCUCACAUCGGGAGCUUCGUGGCCAGCAUGACCGCCACGCUCAGGCAGAUGGAGGACUAUCAUUACGCUCAUCUGAUCAACACCUUUGGCAAGAUAAGGAGUGAUGUGGUGGAUUUCCUAAUGGAAACAUUUAUCAUGUUUAAAGAUCUCAUCGGGAAGAACGUCUACCCCUCUGACUGGGUCAUAAUGAACAUGAUGCAAAAUAAAGUCUUCCUGCGGGCCAUUAAUCAGUAUGCAGCCGUGUUGAACAAGAAGUUUCUGGAUCAAACCAACUUUGAGCUACAGCUCUGGAACAACUACUUCCACCUGGCCGUUGCCUUCCUCACCCAGGAGUCUCUGCAGCUGGAGAACUUCUCAAGCGACAAGCGAGCCAAGAUCUUCCACAAGUACCAGGACAUGAGAAGACAGAUUGGCUUUGAAAUCAGGGAUAUGUGGUACAACCUAGGGCCUCACAAGAUCAAAUUCAUCCCAGAGAUGGUGGGCCCGAUCCUGGAGAUGACGCUCGUCCCGGAGAUCGAGUUGCGCAAAGCCACCAUUCCCAUCUUCUUCGACAUGAUGCAGUGCGAGUUCCACUUCACGUGCAGCUUCCAGCGGUUUGAGAACGAGAUCAUCACCAAGCUGGAUCACGAGGUGGAGGGAGGCCGCGGAGACGAGCAGUACAAAGUUCUCUUUCAGAAAAUUUUGCUGGAGCACUGCAGGAAGCACAAGUACCUGGCCAAGACGGGCGAGAACUUCGUCACUCUCGUGGUCCGUCUGCUUGAGCGGCUGCUGGACUACAGGACCAUCAUGCACGACGAGAACAAGGAGAACCGCAUGAGCUGCACCGUCAAUGUGCUCAACUUCUACAAGGAGAUCGACAGAGAGGAGAUGUACAUCAGGUACCUGUACAAGCUGUGUGACCUCCACAAAGAGUGCGACAACUACACCGAGGCUGCGUACACUCUGCUGCUUCACGCCAAGCUGCUCAAGUGGUCAGAUGAGCAAUGUGCGGCCCACCUGACCCAGCGAGAUGGCUACCAGGCCAGCACUCAAGGACAGCUCAAGGACCAGCUCUACCAGCAGAUUAUCAAUUACUUCGACAAGGGCAAGAUGUGGGAGGAGGCCAUCAUUUUAGGAAAAGAGCUGGCUGAACAGUAUGAAAAUGAGAUGUUUGACUUUGAGCAGCUCAGCGCAUCCUUGAGGAAGCAGGCCCAGUUCUAUGAGAACAUAGUGAAGGUGAUACGGCCCAAACCAGACUACUUUGCUGUCGGCUAUUACGGCAUGGGCUUCCCCUCCUUCCUACGCAACAAAAUGUUCAUCUACCGAGGGAAGGAGUACGAGCGCAGAGAGGAUUUCGAAGCACGACUCCUCACACAGUUUCCCAACGCAGAGAAGAUGAAGACGACUACACCGCCCAGCGAGGACACAAAGUGCUCUUCUGGACAAUACAUCCAGUGUUUCACAGUGAAGCCCAUCCUGGACCUGCCUGCCAAGUUCCAGAACAAGCCUGUCUCUGAACAAAUAGUGAGCUUCUACACAGUAAAUGAAGUCCAUAAAUUCCAGUAUUCCAGGCCGGUGAGGAAGGGAGAGAAGGAUCCUGACAACGAGUUUGCGAACAUGUGGAUCGAGAGGACCACCUACAGUACCGCAUACAAACUUCCCGGCAUUCUGCGCUGGUUUGAAGUCAAGUCUGUCUCCACAGAGGAGAUCAGCCCGCUGGAGAACGCCAUGGAAACCAUGCAGCUGACCAAUGAGAAGAUCAGCAGCAUGGUGCAGAGGCAUCUUAACGACUCCAACCUUCCCAUCAACCCACUCUCCAUGCUGCUGAAUGGGAUCGUGGACCCAGCUGUCAUGGGAGGUUUUACCAACUAUGAAAAGGCUUUCUUCAAUGAUAAGUACAUGCAGGAACACCCAGAAGACCUGGACAAGAUAGAGAAACUGAAGGACUUUAUCGCGUGGCAGAUCCCGCACCUCGCCGAAGGUGUUCGCAUCCACGGAGAGAAGGUCACUGAGGCGCUGAGGCCUUUCCACGACCGCUUAGAGGCCUGCUUCAAGCAGUUGCGGGAGAAGGUGGAGAAGCAGUACGGAGUUAAGACCCUGCCUACAGCAGAUGAACGGCGGGGGCCUCGUCCUCACUCCAUGGUGCGCUCCUUCACCAUGCCCUCCUCCCAGAGGCCGCUGUCUGUGGCUUCAGUCACCUCCAUCUCCUCUGACAACUCCCCCUCCAGGCCCGGCUCAGACGGCUUCGCCCUGGAGCCGCUCCUGCCAAAGAAGCUGCACACCAAGUCUCAGGACAAGCUGGACCGCGACGAGCCUGACAGAGGAAGCAAGGACAGGAAGAAGGAGAAGAGGAACAGCAAGCACCAGGAGAUCUUCGAUAAGGAGAUGAAGACGACAGAAAUCCCUCUGCAGCCGGCUGAAGCUGUCAUUCUGUCAGAGACGAUCAGCCCGCUGCGGCCUCAGAGACCCCGGAGUCAAGUCCUCAACCAGAUUGGUGUGGACCGCCGCCUCUCUGUGUCCCCUGGACCCACGUCUUCUUCUUCCAACAACCCCUCCUCCUCACCAGGACCACCACCCAUCACACCCAGGAGCAAGCUCUCCUUCAGCCUGCACACUGUUUCCAGUCUGGAGCUGAACGGUAUGGGGCUCUCCGACAAAGGUGAAAUCCCUCCUCCACUGCCGGUGAAAGGAAGUACGGCUGAUUACGGCAACCUGCUAGAUAAUCAGGACUUGACGAGUCCCACGACGCCUCCACCACCUCCGCCACAUCAUAGGCAUCUUCCUCCUCCUCUGCCCAGCAAGACCCCUCCUCCACCUCCUCCCAAGACCACCAGGAAACAGGCCUCCAUCGAUUCAGGAAUUGUACAGUGAACAAAAGACUCUGACAGUAGGACCAAACAACACACUGACAACGCGACAAAAAAAACAACAUCAAGUGUAAACGCUCCCCCCUCUCUAAGAUGCAGUUGUUCAUACCCACACAUUCCUCGCUCCCUGUCCCAGCUUGACAAGAUGAAUACCUCACUGCAGCCCGCCCCUUCUUAUCAUCAUCUUUUUUUUUUUUCUCUUCUCUUGUGUCGCCUUCAGUUUGACGACGAUGCAGUCUGCAGCAGGGAGCAUGUUGCAUACAUGAGUAGUCACUGAAUUUAUACGCGCUGUCUCAUAUACCACUUGGAGACUUUAUCAGGACUGUCGCACAGAUAAGCUUAGACCGCCGACUUUCCAAAAAUGGCCAAAUCUCAAGUAUACGAGAGCUCAUUAAAGAAUAAUUCCUCUUCUCUUCAUAUUCCCACUAUGUACAGAGGUUUGUAUAUAGGAUUUUAUUUUAUUUCAGGUUGUUUUUUUAUGUGAUUUGAUGACUUUUUUUGUAUUAACGUAUCAUUAGCUUAAGUGGCAUUUAUAUGAAACAAAAAAGGGCUGGUAGGUUUUGAAUUGACAGGGACUUCACAGAGUUGGAUCAUGGAUUUUAUUGGUGACAUUUUUGGAGUGCACAUACAACUAACUCCUAUCGCAUUAUCAUCGUUCAGACCUUGUCCUAGAUUUGCUGUAACCUUGGAUUUCAGUAAUAUUGACUUUUCCUGAUUCACUACUGACAUGACUUCUGAAUAAACUUUCAAAUGUAUGUAUUUUUAAGAA